AUGAAGCUUCUCUACCUUACCCUGCCUCUGUUGGGAUCGCUAGCUAUUGCUCAAUCACUCGUGGAAGAUGACUGUCAGUGUCCUCAAGUCAAGUGCCCUGCCAGUGACACCUUUGAGGGCUGCAGAUGUACUAACCUUGCUGAGCUGAGAUGCAAAAGACGGUGUCCUAACUACACACCAACGAAGUUCAAGGUAGGUCCCAUGCAGUCAACAUCAGAAACAUGCAAGUGCGAGGAAGGCAUGUGCGUUCAAGCGUGGCCUGCAAGCUGCAUCUGCGCCAACGCAAACAAGCAUGCAUGCUGGAAGAAGUGUGGCGGUGUGAAGCCGGCCUUUCAGGUGAGUCCUUGGCAUUCUCAUCUUAUCCCAUACAUUAUUGUCUCCUGGGCAUUGUCCAGCAGACAUCGUCCUACACCAACACCCACCGGCGAGUUCCGCAAAGUCCAGAUCUGCGGCGGCGGCCGCGCAAACACAAACAUCUGCCCUACCGGCUACACUUGCAUCGACGACCCCUACAAACCGGGCUGCGGACUCGCAUGCGACCAGACGGGCAUUUGUGUCAAGGAUCAACUAUGCGGAGGCUUUGCUGAAUUCAAAUGCCCCGACAAUAGGCAGGUCUGUGUUGAUAAUCCGAGAGAUGAUUGUGAUCCUAAGAAUGGGGGUGCGGAUUGUGGGGGGUUGUGCGUUUGGCCUCCUGCGCUGAGGGCUGCUUAG